AUGUCCUCGAAGGUGACAAAUGUUACCGCUUCUCAGCAGACAGCUCUCAAGGGUAUUGUACGUAAUAGCAGCUAUGUUAUACCGGGCCUCUAUGACCUCAGUACCGAGGAUACGAAUUGGGUAUUGACUUCAUCGUUUAUUAUCUUUACCAUGCAAACAGGUUUUGGCAUGCUUGAAUCGGGUUGUGUUUCCAUUAAAAAUGAAGUCAACAUCAUGAUGAAAAAUGUCAUUGACAUUGUUUUGGGCGGUUUUACAUAUUGGCUGUUCGGUUAUGGCAUGAGCUAUGGCCGUGGUGCCUUAUCCAAUCCCUUUAUAGCUUUGGGAGAUUUUCUCUUGGAUCCGCCAGUUGAUGAUCCACUAAUGGGACAGAUAUUUGCCGCAUUUCUAUUUCAAUUAUCAUUUGCCACCACCGCUACGACAAUUGUUAGUGGUGCAAUGGCGGAGCGCUGUAACUUCAAGGCCUAUUGUCUCUUUUCCUUGCUGAAUACCAUAAUCUAUUGUAUACCAAGUGGUUGGGUAUGGGGCGAACAUGGAUUUCUUAAUAAUUUGGGUGCGGUGGAUAUUGCCGGAAGCGGGCCGGUUCACUUAAUAGGUGGCACUGCGGCAUUUGCCUCCGCCGCCAUGCUGGGACCCCGACUGGGACGUUAUGCUGAUGGCUAUGAUCCGCUGCCUUUGGGUAAUCCAGUUAAUGCCUGUAUGGGUUUAUUUGUUCUCUGGUGGGGAUGGCUGGCCUUCAAUUCGGGUAGUACCUAUGGUGUUAGUGGGGCCAAGUGGCAAUAUGCCGCCCGGGCUGCUGUAAUGACAAUGAUGGGAUCAUUCGGAGGUGGUAUUAUAAGUACCAUUUAUUCCCUUUGGCGCCAUGAUGGUCGUUUGGAUAUUAUCGACUUAAUAAAUGGCGUCCUGGGAUCCCUGGUGUCCAUUACAGCUGGAUGUUUUCUGUAUCGAGCCUGGGAGGCCUUAAUUAUUGGUUUGAUUGGUGCCCUACUGUGUGUCUUGGCAAUGCCGGUUUUCGAUCGCAUGGGUGUUGAUGAUCCAGUGGGUGCUAGUGCUGUACAUGGGGUUUGCGGGAUAUGGGGUGUCAUUGCGGUGGGACUCUUUGCCGACAACCCCAUACCCCUGGACACAACCAAAGGACGUUCCGGACUCUUCAAAGGUGGCGGUUGGUAUCUGCUUGGCAUACAAACCCUCUCUGCUUUGUGUCUAACCUGUUGGGGUAUUUGUUCGACAUUUUUACUACUCUAUAUUGUGAAUAAAAUAAUACCCAUCCGGAUGGAUCCAAAUGAAGAGCUGCUGGGUGCCGAUUUAAUGGAACAUCGUAUACGUCAUUCACAAAUUGGGUUAUCGCGGGCCAUAUCUGCCUUGGCACCUCUCAAAGUGGAUCUGAAUGAAGUGGCUGGGGUUCAACCGAUAGGCUUGAAUCCGGGUCAUGAGAAGUCAUUGGCUCAGUUGAAAGCUGCAGAUGAUAAAUUACAACAAUGGCAAUCGUAUUUAGAUCAAAUGGGACCAAGUGUUCCAAAGGGAGGCCACCAUCAUAAUCCUCACAGUAAUAAUAAUAAUAAUGAUGAUCUCUUUACCAUACGAAGUGAAUAUAAAUCGCCGACAAAGCGUCGUAGCAGUGUGGGAAAUGUUUUUAGCCGCAAAUCGAAGACGGUCCAUAUUACCACUCAGCCCACUCAGCCCACGGCGAAUAUUAACGAUGAUGGUGGUGGCUAUUACAAGCCGAAUAAUAAGGAAUUGCCAAUAAUCGCAAAUAAGGAUACAAUGAAUAAUAAGGAUACAAAUUUUGCAUGGUUGGAUUAA